AUGAAAGGUUUACAUUUUGACCUUCAUUCGCAAGCAUUACCUUCCCUUACAACCCCGGCGUUUUGCAUAGCCCUCCGUCAAGAUAAACCCUGGUGUUCGAGUACUGAAGUACCGAAAGCUGAUGAUAUAUCCCGGAGGUUGCGAUCCAAUGGAGGGGUAGGACGAGACCAUCCAUCAUCUUCGGUAACUACCUUUGCAGCCCUUACCAUUGAGCUAGCUUAUCUACUAUCAGAUUCAGUCGAAGCUCUGAGUAGACGAUUGGCGGCACUAACCCUUCGUGCCUGCCCGGAGGUUACGAUUCAAAGGAGGGUGGGGGCGAGAUAUUACCUUCGUCACCUUUGCGGCGCUUAUCCUCGAGAUGGCUUGGCUGCUAUGAGAUCCAUCCAGAUGAAGCGCUGCAUAGACCAUUGGUGGCUGUUUGACUUAGAAGAGGCCUGGACGAGGCUUUUACCACCUUUGCGGUGCUUAUCCUUGAGGAUGGCUCUGCUACUAUCAGAUUCAUUCAAGGCUUCGAGUAAGCCGUUGGCGGCUGUCACCCCUCGAGUCCGGGUGACGCUUUCGCUAUGCUUCACGGAGACACACGUGCCACUUGUGCAACGGCAGGCCAACGAUGCACUCCACAGUGCCGAGAACAAGAUUCGAGCAGGGUUUAAUUCCCUUGCUUACGCGCUGUUUCUUAGGGGUACUAUCUUAGAUUGGGGUGCUAAUAAACUGAUGCAUGCGCGCUACGAGCAUACCGGCAAAAGGUAA